AUGAUCCCUACGUUGACCGUGCCACAAUCUUUCAUCAUUCUACCUCGAGAAACCUCGGAACUUGCUCACCUCACCUUCACCGCUGAACUUGACGAGGUUCCCGAGAUCGCGAAAAGAUCUGGGUGUUGUGGGCAGGAUACGAUCACCAUCUCUGACUUUUCUGGGGAUGGGACACUUCAGUCUGUGCGCGUCUCUGGAGCUCAAGACAAGUUCGCUUUCACCUGGAAUGGUGAACCCGACUUCACAAGGGCCUUUCUGAGUAUCAUUCUCUGCGACGUAAACGACUCAUUAAUGGUUAAUGGCCUACCACUCGAAGCCUACAGCCCUGUCGUCUUAUCCGAUGGUGAUUACAUCGACUUCCAGGAUGGCAUCACUUCCGCCAGCUAUGCUUUCAUAUAUCGGAUAUAUCACUCAUUCCGGAAUAUCGAGUGUUCGUCUCUCUACAGGGUGUUCGGAGUGUUGGGUCAAGGCACGUACGGUGUGGUUUAUAGGGGCCGACAGAUCGUCCCGACCAAUCGCGCUGUGGCGAUCAAAGUCAGCGUAGAUCCCGAGCUGGAAGACCCGAGAGUGCUUGCUUUGCAAGAGGUGCAAGCUCUGCGAAAGAUUUGGCAGGUCGAUGAGGCAGACAUGUACAAUGAUCUUCUUGGUUUCAGCACGGAGUGGUCGGGACCUUCAAUCGUGAGAAUGCGGGAUAAUCGGGUUGCAAAGAAGACACUCGCUCAGUACAUCGUCAUGGACGUCGCUAUCGGCGAUCUCUUCGAUGUAAUACCUUUGCUCAAUCGUAAGGGCCUUGUGCCUGCGCCCCGCUCGAUACUCAUGACGGAAGCGAAGAUUUUGACAGCGGCGCGUAGUAUCUUCCAUGGACUAGAGUUCAUUCACAGGUUGAAAUUGGUUCACUGCGACAUCAAACCCAACAAUCUCCUGCUAUAUCCCCCGGCAGACUCUGUCAGCGGAAUGCCUCGCGUUGUUAUAUCAGACUUUGGGCUGUGCAAGUCGCUCGAAGAUCUGACAAACCAGGCCAAAGCGAAGGAAACGUUCUUCGGUACUCCUGGCUACAUUCCACCUGAAGUAGCGAGUCCCUACCGCAUCUAUACGCGAGGUGUAGACGUGUGGGCCGCGGGGAUCUCCAUCUACUACUUGUUCACGGGUCUUUCUCCCUUCGAGUCGGCGGAGCCUCAGGAUGUGUACGAGCGCAUACGCGGUGGCGAGCCACAGUGGGAGCUAUUCAAAGAUAUCAGUUCCAACGCCGUUUCAUUUCUGAAAAGUUGCAUAGAGCCAGCUGUGUUGAAGCGCCAUACGUCUUUCGAUGCGUCUUGGCACCCUUGGCUCUGCUCACCUGAAGCGUUGAAUACACUCUUUACCCCGGCCACUGACAUCCCAGUCCCAUUGCCUGUUCUUGAAGAGGCGCAAUCUCUGAACGCAGACGCUCUCUUGGCAGCUGAUCUUGGACCCCUCAACGCUCUAUUCCCCCUCAACGCCCCAUUCCCUCUCGACGGUCCAUUCCCCCUCGACGGUCCAUUCCCCCUCGACGGUCCAUUUCCCUUCGACGGUCCAUUCCUCCUCGACGCUCCGUUCGACGCUCCCGCACCAGCCCAGAAGCGCGCGCGCGACCAGGUCUCAGGCUCGCAAGCCACGCGCGGAGACCCAAAGCGCGCUCGCGAUGCACCGCCUUCCUAA